AAGCCGAUGAGAGAACAAAAUCAGAUACGAUGUCAAAAUAGCAGUAGCGAUCUUUGUUACCAUUGCAAAUUUUCCGUUCUCGCUUAUUUGUUUCGUCGGCGUAGGAAAAAGGAAAAAGCUGAACGAUUUCUCCACGAUCCAGCGACACCAGCUUACGAUAACUUGGGCCACAAAACGUCGAAAUGUCCGACAUUGAUGAUGAUUUCAUGUGCGAAGAUGAGGAGGAUUACGGAUUGGAAUAUUCCGAGGAUAGCAACUCGGAACCGGAUGUGGAUUUAGAGAAUCAGUACUACAAUAGCAAAGCUCUGAAGGAGGAUGCCCCACAAGAGGCGCUUAAAUCCUUUCAAAAAGUCCUUGAUCUGGAGAAUGGCGAAAAGGGCGAAUGGGGCUUCAAGGCGCUCAAGCAAAUGAUAAAGAUUAACUUUAAAUUGCAAAACUAUCAGGAGAUGAUGAGCAGGUAUAAACAAUUGCUGACCUACAUUAAGAGCGCUGUGACGAGGAAUCAUUCGGAGAAAUCAAUCAACUCGAUUUUAGAUUAUAUUUCAACUUCGAAAAAUAAUGUUUACGUAUCAAUUCAGAUGGAGUUGCUGCAAAACUUUUACGAGACUACGCUAGAUGCGCUGAAGGACGCCAAAAACGACAGGCUCUGGUUUAAAACCAACACAAAACUGGGUAAGUUGUACUUCGAUCGGAACGAUUUUGGUAAGCUGCAGAAAAUACUCAAGCAGCUUCACCAGUCCUGCCAAACUGACGACGGUGAAGAUGACCUCAAAAAGGGCACGCAACUGUUAGAGAUUUACGCUCUAGAGAUUCAAAUGUAUACCGUGCAGAAAAACAACAAAAAGUUGAAAGCUUUGUACGAACAAUCCCUGCACAUUAAAUCCGCCAUCCCGCAUCCACUGAUUAUGGGUGUAAUCCGAGAAUGUGGCGGUAAAAUGCAUCUUCGGGAGGGCGAAUUCGAGAAGGCACACACUGACUUUUUCGAGGCGUUCAAAAACUACGACGAAUCGGGCUCUUCUCGACGCACAACGUGUCUGAAGUAUCUGGUGCUCGCGAACAUGCUCAUGAAAUCCGGCAUCAAUCCGUUCGACUCGCAGGAAGCCAAACCGUACAAGAAUGACCCGGAGAUUCUAGCCAUGACCAAUCUGGUUGUGAGCUAUCAGAACAAUGACAUCAUGGAAUUCGAGGCGAUCCUGCGGAACAAUCGCAACAACAUAAUGGCCGAUCCGUUCAUUCGCGAACACAUCGAAGAUCUGCUGCGCAAUAUUCGAACCCAGGUGCUGAUCAAGUUGAUUCGGCCGUAUACCAAGAUUACAAUCCCCUUCAUUUCGAACGAGCUUAACAUCGAACCGGUGGAGGUGGAAAGCUUAUUGGUGUCGUGCAUUCUGGAUAGUACCGUCCAGGGUCGUAUCGAUCAGGUAAACCAGGUGCUUGAGCUAAAUAAGGAAUCACGCUGUGGGGCACGCGACAGCGCAAUUGAGAAAUGGUCCAACCAGAUUAACUCGGUUCAAGCGGCCAUCAUUAACAAGAUGGCCUAAAACCGGCCGUAACUAGCAGUGUUGGUUGGCCUGUCCUUCUCCCAUUAGAGCUAAUAUUCUACAAAAAUAUUAUUAAAAGCAACCCAUCAAAAGCAGAUUCUACACGAUGAAAAUAAAUUGUUAUGGUGAUA